AUGCUACUGAAAUCCCUCGCCGCCGCCGGCCUUGCGAUUACGGCCACGCAAGCCUUCGUCAUCGUCCCCGAGAUCUCCGAAGCCGACAAAGACAUCGUCAACUCCCUCCCUUUUGAGGAGGCUCCUUCAGAGAUGGGCCUCGCGAGCCACCGCGUCAAGGUCGAUUGCCCCGGCUGCCCUCUGACGAUGCGUCACCAUGAUGGCCGCUACCACACAAUGACCGAUCUUGAUAACCACCUCGAGCUAACCUUCUCCAUCGACACCGAUUCCGCUGGAAUCGACCAUCUCCUCGUCAACGACUUUGAGCUCUAUCCCAAACCUGCCUCGUGGUAUAAGGCUCUGCGUGCUCCUCAGAUUCCCGACUUCGCCGAGGCCGCCACCAAGCACCCUCAAAUCGCCGACCCCAACACCCCUCAACUGGGCUACAGCCUGGGCGUUCGCCCCGUCGCCAAGGAUAAUGAGCAGAAGCUCGAGCUUGUAGAGGUGGACCUCCAAAUUAUCGAGGUUGGAAAUAGCUUCGUGGCCGACGUUCCCAAUGUCAAGGUCAAGCUCAUCAAGUCCCCCACCGGAAGCCUCAUGAUCGGCAACGUCGAGCAAACCGAGACUUCUGUUCCGUCCCACAAGGAAGAGGAGGAUCACGAGCCGCCCGCGGAAGACUGCACCACCUUCUACUGCAGAUGGCGCGCCGCCAUCCUGAGAAACAUGCGUGGCAUGAAAUGCGGAGGUCGCAAGCACGGAAGCAUGCGCGGCCAGCACCGUCACGGACACCAGGGACACCACGCUCACAACAACGGUCAAAUGAGACACCACCACCACACCUGGGGUCAGUUGGCCAAGAACAUCACCUCACACAUCCUGCUUCCGGUUCUCAUUGGCAUUGUUGCUGGCGUCAGUGUUAGCAUCAUUGGCAUGAUGGUUGGUACCUUCGUCGUCUGCCUCUGGCGCGUCUUCGUCCGUCGACAGGCCCCCUUCGCUCGCCGCCACUGCCGCCGUCGUGCCCGCAAGACUGCGCAUCGCGAGGCCGGUGCCGUCGAAGAGAAGUCCGAACUUAUGGCCGAGUCCGACGACCUUCCUCCUUACAAGGACGAUGACGAGGAGGCGCCCAAGACUGAGACCGCUCAGGUCUAA